GAUUAAUUGAUCAGUCAGGUUCUUUAUUAUCAAGGUUAAACGAAAUUCAUAAUUAUCUAUUGGAUAUGUCUUAUUUUUUCCUUCUUAAUCAACAUUUUUUUCUGUGAAUCACUUACUAACUAUGAAUCCUACUUCUGCUUCUGGUGAAACUGGUACUGCUACUUCUAUUGCUAUUAAUUCUGUUGGUGAUAACUCUUUCCCUGAUGGUUCUUCCUUGUCUUCUUCUGCCAUGGUGGAUAAUUUCUUGGAAUCUCAGUCUCCUGUAUCUAUGGUUAUAGACAGUCGAAAUUCUGUGGUCUCUGUUGAAGAGCCUAAAUCUAUCGUAGCAUUCGCCCUGGAAGAAUUUAGGAGUGAGAUGAAUGACAUAUUUAAAACCUUGAUCUCAGCAAGAAUCAAAAGUGAUCAAAAGGCAAUUGAUGAAGCGUUAAAGAGGAUGGAACAAACUAAACUAGCUCUAAAGAGCAUCGAGGAAUACCAUACCUUUGAACCGAAGAGAUUUGCCAAAGUUCCAAUUGAGUACUGCGGUUAUCAAGCAUUAUCCUAAUGAAGAAUCCUUUGAGUCAGUUGAGCACUUUUUAAGAACUUUUGAAAAAGUCAUUACUUCGUCCACAAUUGAUAUAGAAAAAGUAUGGAAAAAGUACUUACCUUUGUGCUUGCCACCUGGUGACGAUCUGUGGAUAGAGAAUACCUUGCUGAAAUGCAAGAAUUGGAAAGAAGCCAGAGAAGCUUUUAGCAAGCAUCAUGGAUCGACAAUUGUAACAAGAAGAUUUAUGGAACAAGUCUUUACCAUGAAAAUGCAUCCAAAGGAAAGUAUCGUUGAAUAUUCAAAAAGAUUUUUGCAAACCAUGUACAAUGCAGGCAUCCCUCGUGAUGACAGACGGGUAGCUGACCGUUUUCU